AUGCCGGACGGCGAGCUGUUCGUGAAUGCAUCGUAUGUCAUCCCCGCGGAAACUGCCAACAACUACGCAGAGAGCAAGGGGCGCAUCGACCCUGAGCUCACGCGGCAGGGUUUCAGAAAGUUCCGCGAAACGCACACCACAAAACGGGCGGUUCGGAUGACUGACGAGCUCGUCGCCUCUCUGGGAUCCCUGGCGCAGACCACGUUUGGACGCAUGCCUCUAAUGCCAGGCGACUUCCUCGUUUGCAGCGGGGAGGUGUUUCCGGUGCCGGCGAAGGAAUUCAAGAGCAAUUACAAGCUCUUGAAAGCCUCCAUCCACAGCUGCAGCCGCAGCCGCUCUCGGACGCGCUCGCCUACGGAAAGCGUGUCCAGUGGCCAAAGCUGA